UUGCUGGGCGCCGACUGCGCAUGCGCCGGUGGCACUUUCACUACCUGCCACACGGUCGUGUAUUUCACAUGGGGCGAGCGGGAGUUGUCAUCCACUUGCGUGAACGCUGCUGCUGAGAGGUGCUUUGACAGUGUCGAGCGACGCGAGGGAAACAACACGGCUGUUUUAUUCCCCACUUCUUCUUCUUCUUCUUCUUCUCCUCCUUUUUGCUGAAGGCGCAUCCCUGGUGGAAGCCACUAUGAAGCAGAAAACAUAAAGUAGAGCAUUCGUAAAGGACGCCGCCGCUUGUGUUUUACUGAAGAUAUUCAUCGGUGGGAUGAGGAACUGAAGUAUUGGGGAGUUUGUGCCAACAUGUCUAAACCAAUGGAUCACGUCAAACGCCCGAUGAACGCUUUCAUGGUUUGGUCCAGAGCGCAGCGCAGAAAAAUGGCUCAGGAGAACCCCAAAAUGCACAAUUCCGAGAUCAGCAAGAGAUUGGGAGCGGAGUGGAAACUUCUCACCGAGUCCGAGAAAAGGCCGUUCAUCGACGAGGCCAAACGGCUGCGAGCGAUGCACAUGAAGGAACACCCAGACUACAAAUACAGACCCCGGCGGAAGCCCAAGACUCUGAUGAAAAAAGACAAGUUCACUUUCCCCGUGCCCUACAAUCUCGGGGAGCACGACGCGCUCAAAGUGAACGGGCUUUCCGCCGGCUCGCUUUCCGAGUCCAUCAUGGGACACCACGACAAGGCUGCGGCGGCCGCGGCGGCGGCGGCGGCCAGGGUCUUCUUCAACCCGGCCAUGUCGAACCCCUAUUCCUUUUUCGACCUGGGAUCCAAGAUGACCGAGCUGUCCCCGCCGUCCUUUUCGUACGCGUCCCCGCUGGGCUACCCGCCGGGCGGCUCCGCGGCUUUCGCCGGGACUGGCGGCGGGACGCACGGGCACACUCACUCGCAUCCGUCUCCGGGGAACCCCGGGUACAUGAUCCCUUGUAACUGUGCCGGUUGGCCCUCCGCGGGACUCCAGCCGCCCCUGGCGUACAUCCUGCUCCCCGGGAUGGGAAAACCUCAACUUGAACCGUACCCUGCGUAUGCUGCGGCGUUAUGAUAAGGGCCGCGUUGGACUUCUGAGGAAAAAGAAAUGUGAAGAAGAAAAAAAAAACCCAACCAACAACAAAACGCUGUUCAUGCAAGAGUUUUAUUAUGCAUGCACAAACUUGUACAUGUGAUCAAGUGCUCGUCGUCUCAGAUAUCACAUGUGUAUGUAUAUUGAUUAAUGCCUUUAUCAAAGGUACUGCUUAUUUAGAGAACUCUCUAAUCUAUUAUUGCCCAGCCAUCCCCUCUCACGGGGAAAGGACUAAAGGAUGGCAGCGAUGCACACAUGUGAAGGGGGGUGGGGGGGGGGGGCGGUGCAGGUCACAGCAUUUUGUGAAAAGAGCUCUACUAUUUCUAUCUUUUGCAAGUUGCACCUGCUUCGACUAACCUGUUGGAAUCCAGGGCAGCAGAACACAACGGCCAUAUUAAUCACGGGAUGCCCUCUCAGAUAAGUGGUCGUAAUUCGUGGAUCAAGGAGGAUUUGCCACAACCCCUUUCCCCUUCUUGAGUGGCUGUAAAUGUGUACAGAUAAAAACGACUCUAGUUUAUUUGCCGUUAUAGGCUUAGUGUUUGAGAUAGGGCCAGGAACCUAUACGCAUUUCACUAGAAAUGCGCUGUAUAUUCUGAGUUUUUAAACCGUUUUAUAGAUGUCUGUAAUAUUUAUUGUUUAAUGGAAUCUAUGGUGACCCAGACAAUUUUAAAAAGGACAAGACUAGUUCUGUAAUUUCUGCACAUGAAACGUAGAGGAUGUAAUUUAUUUUGAAGAUGAUGUUGCAUUUCAGUGGGUUUGAUUCAUCAAACCCUUUUUUCCCUUCCAAUCGGUGAAAAAAAGUUCAAAUUAAGAUGCAGCUGAAAGUUUAUUCAAGGAGUUUAUCGUUUCUUGAGCACUCACCCUCCCUGUCCCCGUGUCAUGUGCAGCAGAAAAAAUCGUUUUUAACUAACUCUUAUGGAAUUUGUAUGUUUUGUGUUUUCUUUAACUUCCGUUAUGUACUUCAGCCUAUUGUUCACGUGUUGAGCAAAGGACUACAAUAAAACGUAUUCGGAUUAAACAGAAGAGAAUC